CCUAGUUGACUUUUAAGUUAGAAUAAUUGUCUUUGUUACUGUUGUAUAAACGUCUAUUCUUAUGCAUUUUAAUGAAUAGAGUUGCUAGAAUACUUGAUUAGAGGAUUUUUUUAGCUGCGGUUGCAUCCAACUAUUAUUAAAAUUGCAUCCAUAGGGGAGAAAUUUUCAAAUUUGCUCAGUUUCACAUACGUUAUUUUUUUCCAGAUAAUCAUAUGAUGUAGUAAAAUACAGUGCUUAAGGAGCUUGAUACGUUUAUGUUAACAAGGGACAAAGGAAAAACACGUUUUGUAGUCUUGGUUAUUAGCAAAACUCAACAUGCAUAAAUUGAAUUCCAGCAAUUCACACACAUUUUCAUUUGUUGUUACCACGAGCACUUCAUGAUUACAUGGGAAAUCUCUUUCACAUUUGAGGUUUCAAGUUGUGAAUGAUUGUUGUUGCCACGUACUUGAGCAUUAGGAAGGCUAAUUCUUCCAUCCGUUGCUGCAAAUGAAUAACUGAAGGCAAGCUUUUCAUUUGUAACAAUCUAUCUUAGGCCUCAAACUUCAAUAACUGGCUGAUAGUUCUAAAAAAUAUUUCCAUUUGCUUGAUGCAAAUAAGAUGCUGAAGCAGAAGUCUUUUGUAAAGCUACAGAAGGCGAAAGCCAAAGAUUCCUUCAAUUUGCUCGGCCAAUAGAAGGCUCACCCUUCCAUGUGCUUGCAAAUUAAAGAUUGAGGUAUGCCUUUUGCUUUCAAGUGGCUAAUGUCUUUUCACCAUUAGAGAACUCUAAUCACUUCAUGGUUUUUUGGUGGGUUUUUCCUUGUAAUGCUAAUGUGGAGAGGAAAACAAUAAGUUUGGAAGAAAAUGAUUGGGGUGCCGAUGAGCCCUAUUGGUGCUAUUUAUUUCGCUAGGUUAUCUUGCAAUUUUAAUUCUUUGACGGUUCACACUAAGAGAACUUUCUUCCUUCCUUUCUGUGCUUGUUGGUUUGCAAGAAACUCGUGCACGUCCCACCUCAAUGCAAAGGGGUUAUGCACACUGUCUUCUAGGAUUUUUAUCAAUGGACUAGAACCGUAUCUUACAGGAGAUACUUCUUUGAUGAACUUCAACUGUAGCUCAACCUUAGUUUCUGGUGUUCAAAGCCUUUCUUCAAGCGUUCAAAGCACUCCGGACAAGAAUGGGCAUUCUGAUGAUGUCACUAAAAGUCCAGAGCUUCUCCAAAAAUUACUGAAAUUGGGUCCAAAAAAGGAGCCUCUCCGAACCUUUGCUGACAAGGAGAAGAAAACUUUGGCAUCGACUAGAAGCAAAAUGACAGAACUGCGACGGAUAAACAACAAGACAAUUAAGAAGCAAGACACAAAAAAGGUUGCAUCUAGCCUCAACAAUCAGUCUUCAUCAAGAAAGCAACUCAGAAAGUCGGAAAAUCCUUCUCGUCUACCCAUAGUUACCGAUCAGUCUUCUGAUUUUGGUCAUUCCAAUUCCUGGAUUUGUAAAAAUUCGGCUUGUCAAGCUGUUCUUUCAAUUGAUGACACGUUUUGCAAGAGAUGCUCUUGCUGCAUUUGUCACCUGUAUGAUGACAACAAGGACCCUAGUCUUUGGCUAGUAUGCUCUACCGAAUCUGGGGAAGGAGACUCAUGUGGGUUAUCUUGCCACAUUGAGUGUGCUAUUCAACGUGAAAAGGUUGGGGUUGUUGAUCUUGGGCAAUUAAUGCAACUUGAUGGCAGCUAUUGUUGUGCUUCAUGUGGUAAAGUCACCGGGAUACUCGGAUGUUGGAAGAAGCAGCUGAUUGUAGCAAGGGAUGCCCGUCGGGUCGAUGUACUUUGCUAUAGGAUCUACAUGAGCUACAGGCUCUUGGAUGGGACUUCGAGGUUUAAAGAAAUGCAUGAAAUUAUAAAGGAUGCUAAGGUCAAGUUAGAAGCUGAAGUUGGUCCGUUGAAUGGUAUUUCAGCCAAGAUGGCACGUGCUAUAGUCAGUAGGCUCUCCGUGGCAAGCGAUGUGCAGACGCUCUGCUCGUUGGGCAUCGAAAAGUCUGAUAAGUGGCUGGCCGGUGCUUCUCAUGCAAAUCCAAAUUACAGAGAGGAUUCUCUUCCAGCUGCUUGUAAGUUUUUGUUCGAAGAGAUAACAUCUUCAUCUGUUGUAAUAAUUCUUGUUGAGCUAUCUAAUGCAUCAUCAAACGGUGUUAAAGGAUACAAACUCUGGUAUGAAAAAAGUAGAGAAGAGUUGCACACGAAGGAUCCCAUUUGUGUAUUUCCAAGAUCUCAAAGGCGAAUUAUGAUAUCAAACCUGAAACCGUGCACGGAAUACACCUUUAGAAUUAUUUCAUAUACCGAUAAUGGCGACUUGGGUCACUCAGAAGCAAGGUGUUUUACUAAAAGCGUGGAGAUAAUUUCCAAAAAUUCAAAACUGGCAGCCAGUUCAAAUUGCAAAAGAGAGCACACCACUCAUAUUGAAGGAAGUUCUUGUAGCAAGAUGGGGCCUGACAAUACCAAAGUUGUUGGGUUGGCUUCUCAGUUCAAAGUUCGAGACCUUGAAAAGAUUCUGCAUCUUCCUUGUGAUCAAGAUCAGGGGUGUAACGAAGGGUUUUGCAGUGCUGAUGCUGAAAAAUGCUGUGGAGUAGGCAAGGUGGUCAAACCCAAAACCCCGGAAGAACAGUUGCCUCCUGUUUCCCGAGACCUUGACUUGAAUGUAGUCUCUGUGCCUGACUUGAAUGAAGAAGUAACUCCUCCGUUCGAGUCGUCAAGGGAUGAGGACGAUGGAUGCACUUUGCAGCAGGUGGUUGAGGCAGAUGAUGAUGCUGCUUCUCAUGACAAAGAGAAGAAUGGUUUGGUGAGAUCUCACGGCAGCGGCGACUCCCAGACAUGGACAUGGACAGGUGGGAGGAGAGGGGAUGCGUCUGCUGUUGAUUCUGGGGUGGCAUUGUGCAGGAAAAGAGGUACCAGCUCAAAUGAAGAGAUUCAUGAUUGUGAUAGCACUCUGAUAAAUGGAUCUCCAUUCCGUAAUUCCAAUGGUUCUUGCUGUUUGGAUGAGAAUUUUGAAUAUUGUGUAAAGAUAAUCAGAUGGCUAGAAUGUGAAGGAUAUAUAAAGCAAGAAUUCAGAUUGAAAUUGUUAACAUGGUAUAGCUUGAGAUCAACUGAGCGCGAACGACGGGUAGUUAACUCCUUUAUUCAAACUCUCAUUGAUGAUCCUAGCAGCCUGGCCGGACAGUUGUUUGAUUCAUUUUCUGAUAUUAUUUCCUGCAAGAGGCUGCGAAGCUUAUAAUGCCAACAAGUUCUAUAGUGACGAAUGGAAUAAGGGCAGCUCGGUUUCUAACGUAGAAGAUUGCUGUUGGCCAUAUUGUAAAAGUUUCUCAAUUUACAUUGACCUCCUAUUGUUUGCCAUUCUUGUGCAGCUAUUUUUAUCCCUGGUCACUGUCUAAGUGAUGAUGAUGGCCUUAUGCCAUAGUAAUAUUCUCCGAUUGCAUCGAAUCGGCAAUUGUAAGAAGCGAUUUGCAAUUGGAGGCAAUGCUUGUAGGCUCAUUUGUUAUCUCUCAAAGACUCCAACUGCAUUCGAAACAUAACAUUAUAAUUUAAUCAUGGAGGAUAUAUGUUAUUUAGAUUAUCUUAUGAUUACUGCUUUUAAUUCAA